AUGCACGACUCAAUAACAUUCCUGUCCUGGUUUCAACCCCAGAACAAACCGUCCUCCGACUGACUAUCCGGCUGCUUGGUACUGAAUAAAGUCUUGAAGGCCUGUAUAGACCAGCAUGUCCGCGUAGGACGUUUACGUCAAAUAGAAGAAGAAGAAGGUAUAUUGUUGCGCAUAAUUGCGUUUCAAAAUGAGUACUAAAUAACUAGGUACUUACUGAUGUCUACAAGUCAAACAAUAUGAGCAAGUUGUUUCAUUCUGUGCCAUGUUUGUUUCCAUACAUUGUUAACUAAAAACAUGUGCAGGUUCUUGAAUGGCAGUUUAUAUUAACAUUUCAAUAUAGAAAAAAUAGACCACAACAUUGAAAAGCAUAAAAAAUAACAAUUACACACACACACGUACGCACGUGUGGCAAACAGCUGGUGUGAAAACAAAACAAACAAAUUGUACCAACCAACGUUGGUUUGUUGGUAAAUAAAGCUGUAUCGGGCCACGGUGUCGCGGCAACCGUUGCAGUACUGUGGUGGAGAGAAAAAAACAAGGCAUACAUAGUAACGUAAAGUAAGCAUUCGUUUUUUUGCACAAAAAAAGGUUGGGUGUGUGUUUGUGGGUGAAAAUUAUGCAAUAGACUUAAUUGUAGCUUACAGCUUACGUUGUUACACGGUGAUGUAAUAGUUCAAAAUAUAGCAAUAGGAAAGAAUAAAGUAUGUUGAAUUGUAACAUAAUAGUAAAGUUCCACCUAGACAGUAGCUCCCCUGACACACGUGACGUUCGCGGGUUCUCGUUUUGGCAGUAGUAACGACGAACGAUGCAUAUUUGCGUCUAACGACACGUUCUGGACGAGAUUGUUUAGCGAUGCAGCGGCUAACACCUGCGGUGAUAAGAAGUCUUUGGAUCCGUGUGUCUCGGACACUGGUUAAGGGAGCUCGUAAGAAUAAAGUAGCCUAUAUAAAGUGGAGGUCUUGCAGAAUGCCAUCUAGCAUUUCUUCAUAGAGGGUUGCAAGUAACGCACAAAAUUUGGUUUGCUGUGUGAGAGAUUGUUAGCAUCCUGGGAGAAGCCAAUAAUUACUCACUACUACCAUUUUGCAAAAUGAAGUAUUCGUUAGUAGCUGUGCUUAUUAUAGCAGCGAUAUGUUCGUCCGCGUUAGCCUCUCCGAGGCGAGCUCGCAUGGCACAGUCGGAGUCGGACUCUACUACAACUGCUGCUGAUGCUACUACUGCUGCUGAUGCUCAGGAUUUAACGAUGGCUGAUCAGGAAACUGUAUCACCAUCAACAGAAGCACCCGUUCAAGCGGAAGCGGAACAAGCAGUAGAGUAUAAAGAAAUGGAGCAAUCAGCAGCAGCAGCAGCAGAAGAAGAAAAGACAGAAGCACAAGAAACGAACCCAGUCGAACCUGUCCCCGAGGAUGAGCCCAGAGCUGUUGAAACCGUAGUGCCAAACGUUGAAGAAGAAGAUGCCCAAAGCUACGCCAAACCAGCUGAAACAGUGCAAGAAACGCAACACCCCGAAACGGAUCAUGUGGAAAAGAAAAAUGAAAGUGUUUCCGAAAGCCAACUGAACGAUGAGCAGAAUGCAGAAUCGUUUUUGAAUUUGCUCUCCGGUGGGCUGCAGCACGUGAAGCGAGCUAUCAGUGAGCUGCAGCUGAAGGUGGAAAAUUUCUUUACCUCACCAAGUGCCGUUGAGAAGCUGGGCGAAGAAGACAAGCAAUAGAGUGGGGUUUUUUUCAUUUGUAUCACAGUGUGUUGUAUGUUUGGUUUUUGUUUUUGUUUGAAGCUACACUUGAACAAGCUGUUCAACACAUUUCACUUUACAAGUGAGACUGUAUAAUAGUCAUUAGAUGUAAGGCGAAUAAUGUUAGGUGGUCCAUUAGCCAGUUUUUAUAUGGUGUGAACGUUUUAAAAUUAUAUUCGAUGAAUAAAGCGUAAUACAAGCGUUUAAAACAUUGA